UGCUAUCAAUCUAUAUAUACUGUUCAAGUAACCAAUAAGAACGCGCAUGCAGAGCAAAUUUCUAAUCCAUGAUUUCUGUUAAAGGUUAUUGAAUCAGUGUGGAUCCCUGACAAUUCCAUCUCGUUAUAUCCUGGGUUGAUGAUGGACAUCAAUGAAGUAAAAUGUUUUCUCCCUGAAUCACCUGUCAACAUUGGUGACUAUGGCAACGAAGGGAUAACAGCUGCUGGACUAAAGAUUGCGGUGUCCAAUAAUCGCGUAAACGUCUCUAAAGAGUCCAUGAUGUUUAUCACGUAUGAUUCCGUGUGCCAGGAAUGUAAUAAUACCAUUAAGGGAUGUCAACUUAAGGUGAACUUAUAAGCGCAGGGUUAAAAUUGGGAAAACGAUCGGGGGACUGCCCCCCUCCCCUAGAUUUCCCUUUACAGGAUAUUUAACUGAACCUAAAGGCCUGAUUCCACGAGGCGGAAUAUUUCGACCGAAACGAAAUUUCUCUUUGUCUUUUUACAAUUAGUUCUGCUCGAGAGCUCAUAAAACAAAGAGAAAUUUCGAUUCGGUCGAAAAAUUUCGCUUAGUGGAAAACCGCCUUAAAGGCCUGAUUCCACGACGGCGAAUUCUUUGCCCGAAAUUGUGAGCACAUGAGUGAUUCUAUUGAAUUUGGCCACUUUGUUUACUUUUGCAGUGAGUUGGACGGACUUCCAUUUACUGACGAAACGAAUUUUUUUCUCGCCAAGCCUAAUUUACCUUGAUUGCGAAUACACGUAUUUAUUUCGUGAAAAGUUUCGCAUUUCGCCGAGAAAAAGUGCUCGUGGAAUCAGACCUUUAAGGCUAAAAUCAAAGCACAAUUUAUUUCCAGUUAAUCACAUUUUUGCUGUAUGUACUGAAAAGUUCUUUUUGUUUUGCAAAUUAACAAAGACCAAUGCCUGUUUCAUUUCUGCUCAUUGCUUUGCCCAAAAUCAAAGCCAUCCCAACGACUGGUGUCAACAAUGCCUGCCACAGAUUUCAACAAAAUCCUGGGAGAAGCGAAGAGGUAAUCAG